UAAGGGAAAUCAAAACAAAUGUCAAAAAGAUAGAAAGACAACUUGAUAAUAAUAACAGAUGAGUUGAAAACUGUAUAAAGUAUUCGGGAAACAGUUUCCAGUUUUACGUUCCAAUGAGUAUCUAGGACUGUUUUGAAGAGAUGAUGUAGAAUUACUGAUUGUGAUACAUUUCGCAUAUUUGAUAUCGGUGAAGUACCUUCCUGCUGUUUUGGUGUGCAAACUUCCGAUUAUCGAUACCGAAUCAUCAAUCCCAAAUGCUUAUUCCAGGAUUGAGGAUAGUAAGGGGACCGGACUGGUCCUGGGGAAAUCAAGAUGGAGGCGAAGGAUUUGUUGGGACUGUUUGUGAAAUUGGAAAACCUGGAACUGCUGGAUCCCCUGAUAAAACCGUUGUUGUUCAAUGGGAUAACGGGGCUCGAACAAAUUACAGAGUUGGCUAUCUUGGAAAGUAUGAUUUGAGAAUUUUUGAUAAUGCCCAGAUAGGUGUGAAACAUCCUAAUAUAGUUUGUGAUGGAUGCGAAAGCCAAGGGAUCAGUGGCAUGAGAUAUAAAUGCUCCGUUUGUUAUGACUAUGAUUUAUGUUACAUGUGUUACCACGGAGAUAAACAUGAUUUGACCCAUCGUUUCAAGAGAUUUGAUGAUACAUCAUCAAAAGGGGUUGAUUUACCACUUCGACAAAAUGGAAGAAAAAGCGAAUUGCAAGGUAUUUUUGUUGGAGCCAAAGUUGUGAGAGGUUUUGAUUGGGAAUGGGGUAAUCAAGAUGGUGGGGAAGGAAAAGUUGGUAAAGUAUUAGAUAUAAGAGGUUGGGACAACGAAAGCAGUAGAUCCGUUGCAAAUGUAACAUGGUUUUCUGGUUCUACAAACGUUUAUAGGUUAGGUCAGAAGGGUAAUUGUGAUAUAAAAUUCGUUGAGCCAACCGGUGGUGGAUUUUACUAUCCAGAACAUUUACCAGUUUUAGGCCAAAGUAUUGAACAACCAGUGGUACAACCUCAAAGAAUAGGCCCGCCUCCCUUUGGAGUGGGGGAUAAGGUUCAGGUGAAUGUUACAGUGGAACAGUUGAAGCAUAUGCAACAAGGGCAUGGAGGUUGGAAUCCAAGAAUGGCAGAGUAUAUUUCCAAAAUUGGCACAGUACAUCGAGUAACAGACAAAGGGGAUAUUAGGGUGCAAUAUGAAGGGUGCAAUAACAGGUGGACUUUCAAUCCAGCUACUUUAUCAAAAGUAAAUUUGUUUGCGGCUGGUGAUAUCGUUAGUGUUAUUAAUGAUAUGGAAAAAGUGAAGCAACUUCAAAAAGGACAUGGUGAAUGGAUUGAUAUUAUGCAAAAUACCUUGGGAAAACUUGGUAAAGUACUUAAAGUGUAUUCUGACGGAGAUCUUCGAGUACAGCUUGAAGGACAUGCAUGGACUUUGAAUCCGCUGUGUGUGAGAAUUGUACCUGGAAGUGCUGCAGAGCUAGCUAAUACAAUGCACGCAUCGCAGAAUCAGAGACAGGAGCCUUCAAUGCAAUGGCACCCUGGUGGUGAUGGAGAUAACCAGUCUGAUGGUACAGCAGACCGUUUGGUUAGAGCUGCAGCCCAAGGUAAUGUAGAAACCUGCAGAAGGUUGUUAGACGAUCUUCCUCGAUCUAUGGUGGAUAUAAGGAGCGGAGGGAAGACGGCACUGCAAGUUGCUGCACAUCAAGGUCAUUUAGCUGUCGUAAAAAUGUUUUUAACUGCCGGUGCUUCUGUCAAUUCCAGUGAUAACGAUGGAGAUACUUGUUUGCAUUAUGCUGCCUUUGGAAAUCAACCAGAGGUGCUAGAAUUACUGAUAAAUGGUGGAUCCAACCUGAAUGCUUCCAAUAAAAGUGGUUGUACCGCUCUACACAUAGCAGCGCACAAACAGCCAGCUCGUUGUGUUCAAAUACUUUUAGCAGCAGGAGCAAAUCCAAACUGUAGGGAUUUAUAUGGAGACACUGCCCUUCAUGAUGCAAUAGGUAAAGAUAGUUUUCAAGUCAUCGAUCUACUUUGUGCUGCUCCUGCCAUGGAUUUCACUUUGAAGAACAAGCGUGGUUUUAACGUAUUGCAUCAUGCUGCUCUCAAAGGGAAAAACUACGCUACAAAUAAACUAUUAACUCAAGCCAGGCAACUAGUGGAUAUCAAAAAGGAUGAUGGUUUUUCUGCUUUGCAUCUUGCUGCUCUCAACGGCCACAAAGAUGUUGUUGAUACAUUAAUAAGGGUCGGACAGGCAGAAAUCGAUUUGAGAAAUAAUAGGAACCAAUCGGCUCUUCUUUUAGCAGUUAGUCAAGGCCAUUGUGGUGUUGUGGAAUUAUUGAUAAAGUUGAAAGCCAACAUUAAUGCUAAAGAUGAAGACGGCGACACAGCUCUUCAUCUAGUAUUAAUAAAAAAAGCACAUUUGAACGCUGAAAUAAGAAGGGAAAAUUGCCCAGAAAUAUAUGCUAUAUACGAGCAGAUCAGUCAUGUGACAGAGUUUCGGUUAGCAGUAGCCUUAGCCUGUUUCCUGAUUCAGAGAGGAAUAGAUUUAGACAUGUUGAACAAUAAAGGUGAAUGUGCCUUACACCUUCUUCAAGAGUCUAACCUGCAAGAACUCCUUAAGAGUUAUAAGCCAAAUAUAGAUAAUAACCACAUUCAUAACCUCCAGAUUAGUCCGGAUAUUUUAGAUCUUGAAAGUUUGACUUUGAGAGAGUCUAGGCAUCCUACAGAUGGCUAUAACUUAACUGAAAAUAGGAGUAGUCCAGUUAGGAUCCUACCUAAUGAAGACACCAAAAAUAGGAGGAGUAGAAAAGAUCAAAAAUCUGAUAAAACGGUAGAAGUAGGAAGUAGUAGCCAAGAGAAUUCUCCAAAUCAUAGAAACUGCCAAUUCCAAAACGAAAUUUGUACCAGUAAACCUGUAGAGUGUUUAGUAUGUUCCGAAUAUUCUGAAGAAAAUGUUAGGUUGGAACCCUGCAACCAUAAGCCAGCUUGUGAGGAUUGUUCUUCAAGAAUGAAAAAAUGUCUUCAAUGCGGAAGUAUUGUGCAGAAACGUAUCACAAAGGAUGGUCGUAUAAUACCAGCGAAAAGUAGGCAGCCAAGUGCAGAACGAAUGAGAUAUUUAGAAUCGAAAAUAGCCGAAAUAGAAGAGAGUCAUGCUUGUAGUAUAUGCAUGGAGAGAAAGAGAAAUGUCGUGUUUCUGUGCGGACAUGGUACUUGUUCUAAAUGUGCGGACACAUUGAAAACUUGUCACAUGUGUAGAAAGACUAUAACGAAAAAAAUUCCUAUUUAUUAAAAGUUAUUUUUCUUUAACCGGGGCAUUUUUACAGCCAAUGAUAUUGGUCUUCUUGGUUUUCGAUUUCAUUUCAUACUCCAGAAAGGAUGCAGUCAAAAAUUCUUGAUUCACUACAUCUUUGAGAAAAAAUUUUUCAAUUUGUUUGUAUAUUCUAUUUGUUCUCUUUAUUAAUGAAGAACAUUUUAUUUUGAACAAGACAAUAUUUUUUCUACUUGGUAGCAGUUUGAACAGAUAUCACAACUGCAGAAACAAAAGCAUGGUAAAAAAAAGAGAUAAAAAAAUAUGUAAUAGUGAAUGUCGUAUGUUAGAGAAACACAAAAACAGGAUGUUGAAAUGUAAGUAUAUAACCAUUUUUUCAUCGAACUUGUAUCUUAUCUAAUGCUGAAGGUUUUCAUGGCCGGAUUGUUCAACAGAGUUAGAAAAUUUCAGUCUUUCUACUUCUAGAAAUGCCUUAAGUAUCUUCAGAGGUUUUUAGGUCAGAUUUCUCCGAACUGAUUGUUCUCUGCCGGAUUUAUACUUUCUUCUGAUUUGACUAAGUAUAGAUAGUCUGUAACUUUCUAACCCUGCUUUAUCUUGGGUAUGGUCCGUAUAUAACCUUGGUUAUUAUGGUUAGUAAGUUGGUGGUCGGUAUAUGUCAAAUUCCUCAAAAACCGGAGACAAUUUCAUCAAACUUCGGUGAGUUAUCUGUCACCAGAGCAACCGUACUUUUAUUAUGGUUAGAUUCGGUAACCACGCCCACUCCGGUUGGCAGUUGUCAUUUUAAUUUUCAGAUUAUUGUUUAUGAACAUUUUCCAUGACAUCUAACACUCAAAAACUUUAUUAUUUUGAUUAUGAAACAAAUAUCCUUCAGAGCCAUUAAGAACUUUUAGUUGUUUACAAAUUAAAAGCGAUCAACCAUUUAUAACCUUCAAAAUUCUGUCAAAGAAAAAUUUGGUUGACCAAUGACAAGUGUCAAGCGGUCCGUAAAUACGAAGCAGGUUACCUGAAACAUUGAAAACCACUAAUAACCGCUCUGAAAUUCUCGGCGAUAUACGGACCAUACCCCUUAUCUGAUUAUCGUUGGUUUUGAAAAAGUAGAACUUUUAAUUUUGGUUUUACAAAUAUCAAGAAAUAAAUUUUGAUCGAUUUAUGAACUACAGUUGGCCCAAAAGUAGCUCACAUAAGAUUUUUGUUAAUGAUAGUUCAGAUCGAGAGAAAGAUGUUUUUUUUUGUUUGCAUCUUUGCCAGUUUCAAGUGAAGGGAAUUAUAUUUAUGAAAUUGCUGGAUAAUAGAGGUCCAGCCAUAUAUUAAUCGAAAUCCCUUUCAUCUGAUUGAAAUUCUUGAUAUUCGAAGUUUUUUUUUUGACCUCUUGAUAGAAUUCUUUGAUAUUUAGAGGAAAUAGAAAGAAUUCAUUUUCAUGCAUCUCUGCACUAUGUUUGUGUACAUUUUUAGACACACUAGACUCCAAUUGGAAAUAUUUUGAGCUAUUCAAAGGAUUUAAAGAGCCCAUUUAUGAUUUAAGACUUAAUCUUCAUUUUGUAGUCCAAUUAUAGUUUUUUUAACUCUCUGUCUAAACAUUAAGGAGCAACUCAAAGAUAAUUUUUUUUUGUCUUUAGGCCAUCAGAUUUUUCUUUAUUUGAAUAAAAAGCCUACUUUGUCAGCUUCUGAAAUAAAGCUGACAAAAAUUCCUCAAUAUAAUUUUCUCAAAACACAAAUUUCUAUUUGAAAAAUAAAAAAAAAAAAUAGGGUACUUUGGAAAUGAGUAUAAAAAAGUAGAGAAAAUUGAAGUGCUUUUUAAUUGAUGUGAUUAAAUAAUGUACACAAUUCAUUUUAUGGACUGAUAGUGCUAUAGUCUCAAUUUACUUUUUACCAUUUUAUCUCUUGUAACAUUGGAGAUCCAUACAUCGAAUUUGAUUGAGGCUAUCUUGUCCGCAGAUGAUUGUUUCAUUUUUUUUUUCAAAGGUAUCAGGUUCAGAGAAAAUGUAUUGACAUAUGAAUUUGAAAUGCUAGUUUGCAUUGGACUGAUAUGACAUUUCGCAAUGAAUUAAUAUUUUCAAAAUUUUGGAAUAAAAAUUCAGGAGGCCAAUAGUAGUUAUUUAGUUUUGGGGAAUUCAACUAGAUUUUUGACAAACCAGAGAAUGAACCCAGUAAUAAUUCCAUAGUACAUAUAAAAAUAUUGUACGUUAAAGGAGAGUUAUAGAUUUGAAGUAAAAAUUUUUUUAUUAUUUUAGCUUGCAUAUUUGAAAUAAGAAAUU